AUGGCGACUCCCUCAUCGAAGCCAAACCCCGGAGCGACUCCGACACAUCUGACCUCGUCGCCUCGUCCGUCUGGUGCUCAUAUGGCCCGUCCGAUUUCCCACAAAUCGCCCUCAACGAGAACGCCUUCAGCUUCCGGUCAUGGACACAACCAACCCCCCGUUUCAAUGCACCAAUAUUCUACCCCUCUCGCCGCGACUACCGGAGCCGAGGACCCCGUUACCUUCAGUUCUCCGUCGGCUCUCCUCGCGCUUGGUGGCUAUAGCGGGAUCAGUCCGUCCCCCGCCGGACACGAUGGUCUUGUCGGCGCAGGCAUGAACGAGAAUGAUAUCCAGGCCUUGGGCAUGCCGGGACUGAAGCUCGGGGGUGCUCGCGACAGCGAGGAGGAGCGCAGAAGACAUAUAGAUGAUGUGGUUCAGCUCCUACGAGCCCGAGUCUCGGGGCGGGGUGUGUGCAGGGAGGGUAUUGAGCGACUGAGUGAUCUCGAAGGGUUCGAGUCGAUUUGGCAGGAAGACAGUCUCAGCAUUGCGGGGAACUUUGUCGAUCUGGAGAUUGACUUCCACCGGGGGUAUAAUGUGGUGAAGGAUGUUAGUCUGAAGUAUGCGACGCCUGAUGCGCAAGAUGGGGAGCAGCGUGACGAGGCUACGGCAGUGCUUAAGCGCGAUCUGAUACAGUCGCCGGAGGAAGGAGACCGGGGUGCUUGGAAGUCGUUGCGUGGGUUCCAUGAGAAUCUACAGUGGCUUGCCAAACAUGAUCGGCUUAGUCAGGAGGUCAAUUGUUUCGAGGCCAUUGAGGGUCUUUACGAGAGCUUGAAGCGCGUGUGGGAGGCGGAGUGGAAACAUCGCAAGUUUGCGGGGGUGUACGACCAUCUUUGCAGUGGCUGGGUUGGCCAGCCGUGUAUGCACAAGGGGAGUCGCAUUGGACUUGGUUUGGAUUACUGGGUGCAGCAAGCACGGGUUCUGGAUGCGAAGGAGAAGCAGAAGACGUCGUCUGAUGCGAUGGUGGUUGAUGCGACGAAUGGGCAGCCGUCGGAUGAUGAGCCGAGCAGUUUGGAGGGGAAAUGGAGCAUCGUGGUGGAGUGCGAAGAGGGUUACCCGUCCCUCCGUGUGUCGAAGGACUGGGUUGGGUCUGAGGUGUUGACGGGAGUCAAUAACAAUGACAAUGGGCCGUCGUCGAGUGAGGCGCAUGGGUCCGAAGCUGCAGUUGUCAAUUGGGUUGAUCCGCCGGCGACGUUGACCAACAAUCAAGGUCACCCUGACGCCAUGGCACUUGACUCGAACAUGCUGGGUUCUUCUGCUCCUAAUCGUCGAUUCGUGGCGAAGUUGGAGCCGGCCUUGGAUCUACCGAUUCUGGCAGCAUCUGAUAUUUACCGGCAUCUUGGAAUGCAAUUGCCGCAAGAAUUCAAGAUGGUCACCUACGAUGGACUCCUGGCCCCGGGCUGGUCGCCUCUGUCGGCAGCAGGUGCUAUGGGUUUGGGGCCCGAGGAGGCCUCUCAGCUUGAGCGGAGGAGACGCAGAAUGUCGGUGCAAUCGGUUGACAGUACGGGCAAGCCGUGUACGAAGCAUCACAGUUAUACUUUUCAGCCGUUUGAAUCUGUGGCAGGCCGAACAUUGAGGGAUAUCCCGUUUGCACAUCCCCGGCAACUCGCAGACAUUAUCCCGAUCCUUCGUCAGUACGCCUUUUUGGCCAACCUUAUCCGCAGCGUUUUCAGCUCCUCGUACAAGCCUGAUGAGGAUAAACCCGCCACGCCCGCUGAUUCUUCGAAUAUCUCAUUCAGUCCACCCAGGUUUACCGAUGGAAAUUCGAAGAAGGAUGUCAUUAUCUUGAGCAAUGCCGACCCGAACGAGAAGAGGCUUGAUGCACUGCUGGGAGGCUUCGAGAAACUAGCAACUUCGCCUAGUGCUAAGGGUAAAGGCCCUGUGGGGGUGGGAAACGGAAACUCUGGUCCCAAUUCUACUUUUGAUGAUGUCAAGGUAGACGUAACGUUGCGGACGCAACUAGGACAAGCACCGGUGAUCAUGCUACUUUUCGCGGUGGAUCAACCAGACGAAGCGUCGGAAUCCGCCAACGCGGAGGCGGCAUUGACGAAGGUGUCUAUUAGUUUGGAAGUUGGACUGAACGGCCGGGUCUCCGUUGUGGACAUGACGGGUCUCCUAGAUGACAAUAACACUACCACCACAGACAACAUGGAGGACACGCCAGAGAGAAAGACUCUCGAGCUGCAAAGCAAAAUCGCAAAUGUGCUGGAAAUAUCACAGGACAUUGGGAUCUUGGUGGAAUGGAUUUUACGAUGGGCGCGGCAGCGGAAGGGCCGCUGA